CAGAGAUGACCGCUUUUGCAUCCGUCGCCACGAAGAUGCGUGCGAAGUCGGAAAUGGACGCCCUUUGGGGCUUCAAGCGCGUCUCUCAGAUGUUCUCCCUCACAGACAUUCCCUCGCCGCCUUGCGAGGAAGGGCUUGACAGAGAUGUAUUGCCGCUCCAGAGCUAGGGGCCUCAGCAGGCAGACCGCAUCCUCACGCUCAGGACAGACUGCAAGAUGUCGUCGACAGCUGGCAACGCUGGCAGGAAGCACUGGUCAGCCAGACGUGCCGCUCUCGAACCUAGAGAAGCGAUCCCUCCCAUACAAGCAGCUGCAGCACAAUCUGAUAGCCGUUCUGAGACGGAUACAGAGGUCACUGACGCUCAGCGAGAAGAUCAUGUUUACCCAUUUGUGCGAGCCGGAAUCGCAGGACAUCAGACCUGGGAAAUCGUUUCUCAAACUGAGGCCAGAUAGGGCAGCAUGUCACGAUGCAACAGCGACAAUGGCUCUCCUACAAUUUAUUAGCGCUGGCCUACCAAAGACGGCAGUUCCGACCACGGUUCACAGCGAUCACUUGAUCGUGACAGAACAUGGCGGGAAUAUCGAUCUGGAGAACGCGAGGCAGCAGCACUCUGAGGUCUACAACUUCCUGAGCUUAGCGUGUAAGAAGUACGAUAUCGGAUACUGGCAAGCUGGAUCUGGCAUUAUCCAUAUCACAAUUUUCGAAAACUAUGCUUUUCCAGGCGGACUGAUUAUUGGGACCGAUUCUCACACACCCAACGCCGGUGGUAUGGGCAUGCUCGGAAUUGGUGUUGGCGGCUCCGACGCUGUGGACGCGAUGGCAGGUAUCCCAUGGGAACUGCCUUGCCCGAAAGUGGUUGGAGUUCGCUUGACUGGAAAGCUCAGCGGCUGGAGUAGCUCAAAGGACAUCAUUCUAAAGCUUGCUGGUAUGCUCACUGUAUCUGGAGGAAAGGGCAAGAUUAUCGAGUUCUUCGGACCUGGCACGCAGACUAUGAGUGCCACCGCAAUGGCAACAGUUUGCAACAUGUCAGCAGAGAUUGGCAGCACCUCGUGCAUAUUUCCAUGGGCAGAGUCUAUGGGUCGAUAUUUACACGCUACUGACCGCGGCUUCAUUGCCGAUGCUGCUCUGAACAACUACAACCUGAUCACGGCAGACGAAGGUAGCGAUAAGCAUUACGAUGAAGUGCUUGAGAUCGAUCUCGACACACUCGAACCACAUAUCAACGGACCAUUCACACCGGAUCUGGCCCAUCCGCUAUCUCGCUUUGCCGGCGAUGUACAAAAAAGCAGUUGGCCAAGAAAUGUGUCCCAAGCUAUGGUCGGCAGCUGCACCAACUCCUCUUACGAAGACUUGAAGAAAGUGGUCAACAUGGUCAGAGAGGCUAGCAACGCUGGUCUAAAGCCGAAAGUGCCACUCCUCGUCACAGCUGGAAGCGAGAAGAUCCGAGCAACACUUGAAGCAGAAGGCAUCUUGACUGAACUUGAAGCCGCAGGCGCUAGCAUUCUGAGCAGCUCGUGCGGACCGUGUGUUGGCCAAUGGAACCGUGAAGGUGCAUCUAAGCACGAGCCCAACUCGGUCAUCUCGUCCUACAAUCGUAACUUCACUGGGAGGCACGAUGGCAACCCGGCAACACAUUCUUUUGUCACUUCUCCAGAGAUCGUGACGGCUUUCGCAUAUUCGGGCUCCUUGGAGCAUAUUCCGGGCAAGGAUUUCAUCAUGUCUGCAACAGGCGAGCCAUUUCGGUUCACACCACCUGCGAGCGAGGAAUUGCCCAAGUCCUUUGCGUCUGGUGACGCCCUUUACCAGGCUCCCGCAAGCUUGGCAGAAACGGCCAACAUCGAAGUGGCUGUCUCCCCUACGAGCGAUCGACUUCAGCUGCUCGAGCCCUUCCCAGCCUGGAAAACAGGCAACGCUUUGGGCAUGAAAGUUCUUGUCAAGGUAAAGGGCAAAUGCACAACUGAUCAUAUCUCACCUGCCGGGCCUUGGUAUAACUAUCGUGGGCAUCUGGAGAACAUCUCGAACAAUCUGCUGAUAGGCGCCGAAAACGGCUUUUUGUCUCCUACGCCGAAGGAUCUAGCUUAUGCUAGAGGUCAAGCGAUUAACCAGCUCGACCAAACAGUCGAUGCGAUUCCACAAGUUGCAAAGUCAUACAAGGUACAAGGCAUUCGAUGGUGCAUCAUCGGGGACAACAAUUAUGGAGAAGGCUCUUCACGAGAACACGCUGCGCUCGAGCCUCGGUUUCUCGGAGGUGUUGCAGUGAUUGCAAAGUCCUUUGCUCGCAUACACGAGACGAAUUUGAAGAAGCAAGGCAUGUUGGCUCUUACCUUCAGCGAUCCAUCUGCCUGGGAUAGGAUUGUAACAGCAGACACUAUUUCCAUUCUGGAUACCGAAAACAUAGAGCCAGGAAAGCAACUAGUCAUGCAAGUGAAGGCAGCGAAUGGUUCGACUUGGAACACGCUUCUGGAACACACCUACCACGAUGGCCAGAUACCUUGGCUAAUGGAAGGUAGCGCGUUGAACUAUGUCAAGAAGCUCAGAAAAGAGGCCGCCGACGAUUCAGCCGCAGUUGUGUGAUGACAGGCAGUACCACAGCGAAUUUAUUCACCUGUAGCAGAUUUCGCCCCUUCACAAUGGCCUACCGGCUGUCCUGAGCGCUCAAUACCCUUGAGCUUAGCAAUAUCGUGCGCGACCACAACGGCAUGCGACAUGUUCAACGCUGCGUACACAGUGUCACAUCGGAUAUUCGGCACGUUGAAUUUACUGUGCCGUACGAUCGACGCCAUGAGAGUUUGGAAAUCCGCAUCGUUCGCUGCAUCGCCUCAGCCGCAGCAUCAAACAUGCUGAAUCCAACCUGAUCACGGUCUCAGCCACCAUGUCUUCAUCGGCCUCGCCACUGCUAUCAAUGUUCACCUGUGUUGUACAAAAUAGUGGACCUGCGCCCACACUGCAUCUGAUCCGCGAGCAUUAGGACGAUCUAGUCGUGCUCAAUCGCAAGAUCCUCUUGGCGAAACACGCUGCCACGGCCAGCGACAAAAGGGACAUACGAGCUUCGUCGAAAACUGGGCUGGAUCUAAAGAAUGGAGUCAUCAGCGAGCACGCGUGUUCUGCAAGAGCCAGCGUUGCUAUACCUCGUUCUCUGCCAGCUAUCACAAGGAGAGCUCCUGAUUGUGCAGCGAGUCUGCCAGACCUGGAAGAGGACAAUAUCGGACGAUCGGCGACUCUUGAAGAUGAUGUGGCUGCAUCCUGGCAGUCCUGUCACCAACUUUGAUGUGGAUACGACACGAAUCAACCCGCUUUUGCGGAGGACGUUCCCAACGAUUUUCGAUAGU